UGAACUGUGUUUAUCAAUUAUUAAUGAUACAUCAGCAGUAUCCAAAGGGAGCUUAUAUUGCACUUUUCAACUGUCAGCUAAUAAUACAGUACAUAGACUGGCUUAUUCAAAUCCCAUGGCACCCGACCAUUCAAGGCCAGCAGUGCAUUUGAAAUGAGCCUGUGUGUAAUUCCUGGCUGGAGUGUAGAGGUGGACUGCUACACAACUAUCUUUUUGUUCCUUGAUGGUCGAGCGAGGGAGUUCUGUAGUGUUGCAAGAAAUAAAAAACAAGGGCACAUAACUGUAUAUGUGGAUGGAGCUCAGUUCAUGCUGCUAGAAAGUCUUUCACUUGCUGACUAGGAGACUUGAAGGCGGUCUGUUCGCUGGAGAACAAUCAGUGUGUUCUUAAGGGGAGAGCCAGAGGAUAUUUCCUGGUAGCUGUUCUCUCCGAGCAGUCUUGGUGGUGUCUCUCCUCGUUCGCUUCUCAUUAUGGAGCCCAACAGUCCCAAGAAGAUUCAAUUUGCUGUGCCUUUGUUUCAAAGCCAGUUGGACCCACAAGCAGCCGAACAGAUCAGAAGAAGACGACCCACACCAGCAACACUGGUUAUUUUCAGUGAUCAGUCACCACCAGCAGGUGAACAGAGGACAGUAAACUCACAGGGACAAGCAGAGAGUGCUGAGAUGUCUCCCAAGCAAAGAAAACAAAGUGUGUACACCCCUCCCACUAUGAAAGGCAGUGAACAGACAGACCCCCUAAAAUGUAGUGAUGGUGAGAGUCCCCUGCUGCGCUCUGGAAACACACAGCCGCUCUUAGAGAAAGGGUCAGAUGAGAAGUCUGUGAAACCAAGGAGGAAAGACACCCCGUUUCAGCACCACCCACGCUUUGUACCAGGGGUGAAGCUUAUGAAAUCACAGAAAGAAACAGCGUUCCCUGAGGAAGAAGAAGGAGUCAAUGAUAGACAGGAAGACUGGACCCCAUAGAUGGAAAUAGAUGUCUUAAUGGGAGUGCUUCCGCUUUCUGUUGUUCAGUCAGUUAAAUGAACUGCAAACCUUUUUCACAGCGUCGCAGGACUGAUGAAACAGAUCAAUUCCUACAGAACACUAGAAAACAGGCUUUUAGUCUGACUAAUUUUAAUCGAAAGCUUUAAAGCUGCAUUAUCCAUUUCCUCUGCAAAAUCACUAAUAUAGUUCUGGUUCAUACCUGCAUAUAUACAUGUUCUGUGUUAACUUUCUGAUCUUAACCACAGUACUUCAAUAUCUAACUUUUUUUUUAAGAGUAUCCCAACUUAUUAACCGUUUAAAGACUUGUUGUUUUUGACCUGCCAUCUACAGCCUAUUUUAAGCACAUAAUUACCAUCAUCUACAGUACCUUUCAGUCACUCUGUGUAAAAAAUAUUGUCAAAAUAGUAGAAAAUGAAGCUACAGUAUAGUUUUAGAAAUAAAAAAAACCCUGCUGAUUUAUUAUUUACACAUGGAAUGUAUUAUUUAAUCUGGAUCAGGGGUGGCCAGUCCUAGUGCUGGUGAGCCACAAUCCUGCAGGUUUUCUGGAUUUCUUUAAAUCCUCAAUGACCAAAGACCUAGGAAAAAUGUUAGUGUUGACCAAUUAAGAAAAUCAAUUAGGUAAUUGAGAGCUCGGGUGGAACAAAGACCCUACGGCUCUCCAGGAUCAGGAUUGGCCACCCUGAUCUAGAGUAUAAACAUAAUUUAAAUUCUUUGUGCCAUAUUUCAAAAGCCAACAUCUCUGAUUUCAAUGUUGUAAAAAUUGUAUUUAAAUGUCUUACUUUAUAUUCACACAGUGCUUGUUGGUGUAUAUAAAUCCAACUGUUUUUUUUUUUUUGUAGAUUAUUCCAUUAAUAAAAUAGGUUUUUAAAGCGUAAGACAGAUAACCUAUACUAAUGAUAAAAAUCUUCUUAAUUAAAAUUGACAAAUUGCUUGUUUUCCUUUACACCACAUAAAACUGAGUAACUUUCUAUUAGCCUGUUGAAAGAAAAUAGGUUCUGGUAGUUAUGAUGAAGCUUGGAUGAUUGUUGGCUUAUCAUAACCUUUUGCAACCUCACUGUAAAAUGCUGAAGUUUGGAGUCUACAUAUAGUGUAAGAGUUUAUUCACAUAAAACAAUUGAUGGAACACUAAUUGCUUCACUGUAUUUUUAGAUAAAUGUAAUACAAUAUGUUUUAAUCAUGGUUCUUUCACAUCAGAGGCCGGGUGAUGCAGAAAAAUGGGAGAUAAGAAAAGACAUUGUUUGUGUAUACUAGCCAGAGAAAAUCUCAUUGCAUAUAAUCUGGAAUGAGAGAAGAGUUGGGAUAUACAAAUGUAAAAGAAACAGAGAACGGUAUAUAAUGUUCAUGGAACUGAAUGAUAUGCAAUGCAAACACAGAUGUUGUCAUCCAUUAAGAUAAUUUUAAUGCAUUUUAUUUAAACCAAAGAAUAGAUCAAAGCAAAAGGUACAUACUCCCCUUCCAUCAGCAUCUUGACCAAAACAACAGCUUUUACAUGACUUCUGUUGUGAGGAUAUAAUGCAGCUCAGUCUGAAUCAGAGGUUGGCACCAUGUAGAGUGGUGACAGACAAUUAAAAAGUAAGAAUAAUUAUAAUUAAAAAAAAAAAAAAACACCUUGGCCACGGUCAAACAAAAUGAAAGUUAUAUAGAAUUACGUGUGUGUGUAUGUGUGUGUUAGACCACGGACAUGCGUGUCCGAGUAGGGACAAGUUGCCGACCCCUGCUUGGAUCCUUAUAAUGAAUGGGCCUUAAACCUCUCCAGGCCAGCUGAUUGGAACUGGGGCUUCUCCAGUGGUAGUUAAAUAAAUCGAUUUACUUCCAGAGUACACAUACGUGCAUAUGAUGCAUUUUCCGUUAUUAAUUUAUAUGACAUUUCACAUGAGGUUACUGUAACUUCAACCUUAUGUCUUCAUUAAAUCGCAUGAAGUAAUUCCUGCUCUAUACAGGAUUUCAAUGCUAUGGGAUUACUAAUCUGCUUUAACACCUACUCAGAUAAGUACAAACAUAUGCUAUGAUUCUACAGCCCUAUUGUAAAUAGUAUGUUUUAUGAAUCUGUUUUAAAGCAACAAAUACAUAACAAACUGAUUCAUUAUAUUAUGAGUAAGUGCCUUUUCAAACAACAAGCCUCUUUGUGAGCGCUACUUAACAGAGCUGUUUAUUUUUAUUCAUGUGAUAGAAUUGUGAUGUCAUUAAGUAUUUUGAAAUGUCUUAUAUUUCAGACAGAUGCACUAAUUCACUAAUGUUUGGUCUUGUGAUGCUGUGGGACAUGUGCAUGCUUGCCAAACUUGGAAACUGUUCAGCGGGAUGCUCGUCUCAGGGGAGUGGGAGGGUGUGGUCAUACGCAUCAUACACAUGGGAGGAGUCAUACGCAAAAAAACACUCAUUAUC